GUGAAAAGACACCAAGGUUUUUACGGAAUAAAUGCAUGAGUCACACUAUUGCUUUUUCCCCAGCUAUUGGGGCGACAGGAGAAGCAGAAGGACUGAGGAGCAGAAAGAAAGAACUUUCAACUACCAAGAAAGAUCGAGUGAAUCAUUGCCUAACUAUAUGUGAAAACAUAGUUGCUCAGUCUUUGAGAAAUUCUCCAGAAUUUCAAAAACUGCUGGGGAUUGCUAUGGAACUUUUUCUCCUCUGCAGUGAAGAUGCGGAAUCUGAUGUCCGAAUGGUUGCUGAUGAAUGCCUUAAUAAAGUUAUUAAAGCUUUGAUGGAUUCCAAUCUUCCUAGGUUACAAUUAGAACUGUAUAAAGAGAUUAAAAAGAAUGGUGCUUCCAGAAGUCUACGUGCUGCACUCUGGAGAUUUGCUGAGCUUGCCCAUCUAGUUCGUCCUCAAAAAUGCAGGCCAUACUUAGUGAACCUUUUGCCCUGUCUAACACGAAUAAGUAAGAGACCCGAAGAAUCGGUGCAAGAGACACUUGCUGCGGCAAUACCAAAAAUCAUGGCAGCGUUUGGCAAUUUUGCAAAUGACAAUGAGAUUAAGGUUUUAUUGAAGGCUUUCAUAGCUAAUCUUAAAUCCAGUUCCCCUACUAUUCGUCGAACAGCGGCAGGAUCAGCAGUAAGCAUCUGUCAACAUUCGCGAAGAAUGCAGUAUUUUUAUGCCUGGUUAUUGAAUGUACUUUUAGGCUUGUUGGUUCCCGUAGAAGAUGAUCAUCCUACUCUUUUAAUUCUGGGUGUUUUACUUACACUAAGGUAUCUCAUACCUUUAUUGCAACAACAAGUAAAGGAUACCAGCCUGAAGGGCAGUUUUGGUGUAACAAGAAAAGAAACAGAGAUUUCACCUUCACCAGAACAACUUAUACAGGUUUAUGAGUUGACUCUGCAUUACACCCAGCAUCAGGACCAUAAUGUUGUGACUGGAGCUUUAGAAUUAUUACAACAGCUCUUUAGAACGCCACCGCCUGAACUUCUCCAUGCCCUGACCACUUCAGGGGGCAUUGCACAGGUCAGUGUAUCCAAAGAUGAAUCUGCCAGCAGGAGCCGCAGUGGGAGCAUAGUGGAACUUAUAGCUGGAGGGGGGUCUUCAUGCAGCCCUGUUCUUGCGAGAAAGCAUAAAGGUAAAAUACUUCUUGGUGAAGAAGAGGGUUUGGAGGAUGAUCCUGAGACCCGAUCAGAUGUCAGCGCUGGAUCGUUUGCAGCUUCUGUGAAGGGCGAGUUAACCAGUGAAAUAGCUUCUUCAUCAGGUGUAUCGACAGCUGGGUCAGGAGGGAGUUCAGCUGCUGAUCCUACUGGACAUGAUAUCAUUACUGAGCAGCCACGUUCUCAACAUACGUUGCAGUCAGACUCUGUAGACCUGACAAGCUGUGAUAUGCCAAGUACAGCUACUGAAGGGGAAGAAGAUGAUGUGCUUAGUCGAAGUUCCAGCCAGAUCAGUGCUGUCCAGUCAGAUCCCACUAUGGACUUGAAUGAUGGUACACAGGCUUCCUCACCAAUUAGUGAUAGCUCUCAGACUACUACAGAAGGUCCAGACUCUGCUGUAACCCCUUCGGACAGUUCUGAAAUUGUUUUGGAGGGUGCUGAAGGACAGUAUUCUGGAAUGCAAAUUGGGCAGCUGCAGGAUGAGGAAGAUGAGGCUGCAAAUAUUCUCCAAGAUGAUUCAUCAGAGUCUUUCAGAAAUUCUUCUAUUGCACUUCAACAGCCUCACCUGUUGAAAACCACGAGCCAUAGUAGGCAGCCUUCCGAUAGCAGCGUAGACAGAUUUACAUCAAAAGAAGAUGCAGCAGAUCCUGGUGAUCAUGAAAAUAAGCCCUCCAGGGUAAAGGGAGACAUAGGCCACUAUACCGAUGGAAAUACUGCUCCUUUGGUGCACUGCGUUAGACUUCUGUCAGCCUCUUUUCUACUUACUGGAGAAAAAGGAGCUUUAGUUCCUGAUAGAGAUGUGAGGGUCAGUGUGAAAGCCCUGGCAGUAAGCUGUGUUGGAGCAGCCGUUGCUCUUCACCCUGAGUCGUUCUUCAGCAAAUUGUAUAAAACACCCCUUGAAGCAAUGGGAGAAGAGUAUGAAGAGCAGUACGUGUCAGACAUUCUGAACUACAUUGACCACGGAGAUCCCCAGAUUAGAGGAGCUACUGCCAUUCUGUGUGGAACAAUUGUCAACUCCAUUCUAAUUAAAUCUCGCUUUGAUGUGGAGAAAUGGCUAACAGAUGUCAGAAGCUCAACAGGAAAUCUCUUUUCCUUGGUAGAUUGCAUACCUCUGUUACAGAAAACACUGAAAGAUGAGUCCUCUGUUACAUGCAAACUGGCUUGUACAGCUGUGAAGCAUUGCAUCAUGAGCUUAUGUAGUAGCAGUUACAGCGAACUAGGUUUACAAUUAAUUGUUGACCUCCUUACGCUGAAGAAUAGCUCAUAUUGGCUAGUAAGGACGGAACUUCUGGAAACACUUGCAGAGGUAGAUUUUCGGCUAGUCAGCUUCUUGGAAGGAAGAACUGAGAGCUUGCACAGAGGUGUUCAUCAUUAUACUGGUCUACUAAAACUUCAAGAGAGAGUGCUUAAUAAUGUUGUAAUAUGUCUGCUUGGAGAUGAAGAUCCAAGAGUGAGACACGUAGCUUCAGCUUCAUUAGUGAGGCUUGUUCCAAAGCUAUUUUAUAACUGUGAUCAAGGACAGGCUGAUCCAGUUGUGGCAGUAGCAAGAGACCAAAGCAGUGUCUACCUGAAACUACUAAUGCAUGAAACACAGCCUCCAUCCCACUUCGCGGUGAGCACUAUCACCAGAAUAUAUAGAGGUUACAAUAUGCUGCAAAGUCCAACAGAUGUCACUAUGGAAAACAAUCUCUCAAGGGUUGUUGCAGCAGUUUCCCAUGCAUUGACACUAUCCACUACAAAAGCACUUACAUUUGGCUGCUGUGAAGCUUUGUGUCUUCUCUCCACAACAUUUCCAGUCUGCACCUGGAGCGUGGGAUGGCACUGUGGUGUUUCCCAGCCAAGUCCUUCAGAUGAAACUCAGAAAGGCUGCACUAUUGGAAUGGCUGGCAUGGUCCUGUCUCUCCUUUCAUCAGCAUGGUUCCCACUGGACCUCUCUGCACAUCAGGAUGCUUUGAUUUUGACUGGAAACUUGCUUGCAGCAAGUGCUCCCAAAUGCUUAAAGAAUCCCUGGAGUGCUGAAGAAGAUUCAAACCAAGGUGCUGCAAAGCAGGAGGAACCCUGGCCGGCUCUGGCAGAUCGAACACUUGUUAGUUUAGUAGAACAGCUCUUUUCUCAUCUGCUGAAGGUCAUUAAUAUUUGUGCACAUGUAAUGGAUGAUGUCGCCCCUGGCCCCGCAGUAAAGGCAGCGUUACCUUCUCUCACAAACCCACCUUCUCUUAGCCCAAUUCGGAGGAAGGGCAAAGAGAAGGAGUCUGUUGAGCAGGCGUCUGUGCCAAUGAGCCCUAAAAAGGGCAGUGAAACAAGUCCAG